CGCUCAUUGACAACCAUGUUCUGCCUGGACUUCCAGAUUUCUGUCCUCGCUGCCAGUAUUGGCUAUCCUUGUGUUUGUUUGGCUUGCUACGGAGCUGAGCCGACGACUAGCGAGCCCAAACGAUUCCGAAUUGGCAGCCAGCAAGCGAGCUGCCAUAGAUACAUCAUACCUUUGACGCAGCCACCUAUGCGGCGCGCCAAAGACUACAACUCUUCAACUCUGAGGAGCCUGGAGCAGGGCUCUCAGUCGGCUGCCAUGCUGACGCCAGGGACGGCUGCAUCGGAGUAUGCAACAGCAUCCUCCCGCAGACCGUCGAACAAACACGUUUCACGCUAUGAUGAUAUGCAUGGUCAAAUGAAAAGGCUACCUUGA